GUGGCAGCUGACACUGACGUUUCUAGCUGUCAGGUGUGGUGCGCGAUUCAAAACAAACCAACCCCCGGCGGCCUCGACCGAGCAGCUUUUGCACACGUUCAUACCGCAAUGAAUCACCUUCGAGUGACCCUGCUGAGACGGGUGGUGGUGUGCCAGCGGGCCGCCCUACAGUGUGCCGGUUCGUGUUACGGUGCCGGAGUGCUGCAGCAACACACCGUACCGUUUGCCAGACUGCUGUCCCAGGCCGUGCGCCACUGCCAGACGGUCCCGUCGGCGAAGCAGCAGGAAUCAACGGCCCACCAGUCCGAUCGAGCAGCAAAAGCGCCAUCCGGCAAGCAGCAGCAAAAGCCGGUCGAUAGUAUACGGCUGGUGGACGAACUGCGGUCCGAUGCGAUCGUGUACCGGCGAGUGCAGCUGGAGAAGCUGAACCAACUGCUAGCGAAACCGUUCGAAAUACCGCCCGAUGCGUACGAGUUUUUGCUCCAGUGCUGUGGCUCCCUGCUCUGUGCGGAAACGCUCGAAACGCGCAUGAAGGUGUUCGAGCAGUUCUGGUUCUAUCUGGGCGAACCGCAGCAGAAACACUGGAAGGUGCUGCUACAGGUGUACCGGGAGAACGAGCGCACCAUCACGGACGUGCCGGCGUUUCUCGCGUCCAUGGGCGACGCGGUCGAGAAGGAUGCCGACCUGUACCGGGGGCUGCUGGGGGUGCUGGCCGAGAAGGGAGACAUCGCGGAGAUGAAGCUCGUCGGGGAGAUGAUGAAGGAGCGCAACCUGCCGCUGACGGUCGACGUGAUCAACCUGAUGAUACGCGGGUACGGCCGGGCCGGCGAUCUGGACGGCGUGCAGAUGGUGCUGGAAACGAUGAGCGCCAGCAGCGUGUCGGCGAACGGCGAAACGUACGGCGAGCUGAUGAUUGCCUUCCUCGAGGACGGUAUGGGCGACCGGGUGCUGAAGAUGGUGCGCGAAAAGGGCUCGCAGCUGCAGGAGCGGCACGUGCUCGAGCUGCUCGCCCUCGCGCUCGGCGCGAAGGUGCAGCCGGAGCUGGUGCGCGCCCUGCUGAAGCUGCUGCCGGAGGAGCUGACCGGCGACGGCCGGAUCCAUCCCGUGCUGCGCAACGUGCUGAGCGGGCUGGUGCGGGCUGGCCAUCUCGACGGCAUGAUGGCACUGCUCGACGACCUGCCAGCACCGCAGUUCCGGGCGAACGAAAACACCGACGGCUACGGGACGUUCCUGAUGGUGGAGAUGCUGCGCAACGAUGUGCCGUUCGAUCGGCUGAACCGCUUCCUGCAAAGGCUGGUACAGACGGAGCGCAAUGCACGCGCGUACCAGGUAGCCUGCGAGUGUGCCGCCAAGGCGGGCCAUCCGUACUUUGCGCGGCUGCUGGCGGCGCUCGCGCCGCUCGAAGAUCUGCGCCCGCACUACUUCUGGCCCCUGUUCAUGCAGCGCACCAAGACGGACGGGGAGGCGGGAGUGCUGGGGGUGCUGCAAACGAUGCGCAAGCUGAAGGUGGACCCGGACCAGGAAACGCUCACCCAGUACGUGCUGCCCAAGCUGGCCCUCACGCUGAAGGAUUCCCGGGCGGCGCUGAAGAUUUUCGAAGCGUGCGGCGUACGGACGGCCGUACUGAUGACACCGUUCAUAUCGCACCUGCUCUACCAGAACCGGUUCGACGAGGUGCUCGAGAUUGUGCGCCUCUACCCGACCAAGCUCGACACGGAGACGCUCCUGUGGCCGCUGAUCCUGCAAGCGAACGUGAACCGCUCCGGCACCCACCAGCGCAAGCUUGCGGAGGUUAUACGCGCGAUCGGCGAACGGUCGGCUGACACGCGGCACGAUCUAGCCGGCCAGCUGCUGCUCGAGCUGAUCAGCAACAAGAAGAGCAAGCACGACGCGGCCAGCCUGCGGGCGCUGCUCGCCGAGUUCGACCGGUUCGAGAUCAAGAUAUCGCGCAUGGCGGCCGGCGUGCUGAAGAACCAUUUCGGGCGUGCGGGGAAAACAACGGGUGCGAACGGGGGCGAAGCGACCGAUGCGCUGCUGAAGAAGGUCACCGACGACCAGCUGACCAUCCUGUCGAAGGAGCUGUUCGACACGAUCGGUGUGCAUCCGCGCGACAUGAGCUACGACGAGCUGGAGUGCCAUCUGGUGGAGCUCGAGCAGAAGAAGCUGAAUACGCGCGGCGUGCUGCGCCGCCUGCUGCAGCUCAGUGUGCGCGAGGGCCGGUACAAGCGGGCGCUCGAGCUGAAGCAGAAGUGCGACCAGGCGAAGGUGGACCAAAGCUCCGGCAUGCUCGCGUCCGUGGUCGAGCUGUACACGAAGGUGGGCAACCCGGAGCAGGCCGGCCGCACGCUCGAGCAGCUGCGCAAACAGUUUCCCGGCUUCGUGGUGGACGAGCACAAGAUACUGGACUACGCGGCGCUGCUGGUCGAGCGCGGCCAGCUCGACGGUGCGAAGAAGGUGCUGCGCGAACGUGCAGCCGGCGGUGGUAAGCUGCGCGGCGCCGAGGAAGGCUCCACCAGCAAAAACGUUUGGAAUCUGCUCACCAACACGGCACAGUGGGCGGCGGCGGCCAACGCCAAAAGCGGGCAGGGAGGAAGUGCCUCUCCCAACACCACCCAACAGCUGCUCGAUUUGCUCGUCCAGCUCGGGUACUGUAACUACGACAACGCACUGCUCGGGCCGGUGCUGCGCGAGUACCUGCUGGCCGGCCACCGGCGGGCCGCCAUCGAUGAGUUCAAACGGAUCGCCACCGAGAAACGGCGGACACCGUUGCAGCUGGAAAUCAUGACGCUGCUGGUGGAGCUUACCAACGGCCAGCAGCAGGAGGACAUUUCACCAGCCGAAGCCAAAGCGCUGCUUAGCGAAACGAUUCAAAUCGUGUCGCAAAUCCACGGGCCGGUCAACACGAACAACACGCUGAUCGUGGCACUGGCGGUCGGCGGCACCGAGGCACAGCUGCGCCGCAUGCUUAUCAAUCCGGAGGUGCGCGUCAACCACGAGUACAUCCUCACGCAGUGCGAGUUUCUCGUCGGCAGCGGCAAGCUCGAGCCCGUGCUGCGGUUGGCCAAGUGCGCCAAGGGGCUGGCGAAUGUGCGCGAGUCCGACUUUCUGCAGCUGGCCCUCGGGCAGUACGUGCGGGACAACAACUGCGAAGCGGCCGUCCAGCUCUUCCAGCGGCUGCUGGACGAGGGCGACGAGCUGAAGAUCACGACCGAGUUCGCGCGCAAACUGUCCGAUCUGCUCGAAGCGAACAACUUCGAACUGCCGGCCGGAUUGCAGAUGUACCUGAAGUGAUCCUUGAGCAGGGUGGACGUGUAAAUAGUGUUAGUGAUUUUUUGGUUUUUUGCUUAGCAUAAUGCCCGAACGUACUUGGCACAGAUUAGCCUAAGUAUUCGCAAUAAAGUGCAUAAUCCUUAUGUAGGGUAAGAGAGAGAAAGAGAUAGAAAGGGAGUGAUCGACAGUAGAAUAAACUCAAUCAUUGUUGCAAAGAAAAAUGAAAUUAAGUUUUCCAAUUCCUAAAAUAGACACCCGCUGCUGUUGUCCUCGCUUGACGUUGUUUUCAACUAAUUAGAUCGAUUGUCGUACCGAUCAUGCUUGGUGCUAUUUUUAUGCAUCACGAACAAUGUUGAUCGAUCGGUUUCGUACGAGCUCGAUGGAUGGCCGACUUGUGGGAAUCAUGUGAAGCGAACUUGCCCACUUAAACAAGUACUCAAACAAAGCCUGUUUUCUGGACACGUUGCAGGAACUACAGCAGUACAGUGAAUCAAAUCCAAUGCCGACCGUUUCUUUCAAAAGUCAUUGCUAAAAAUAAUAAAGAAAAGAAAAACCAUUAAUUUAUUCUAAAA